AUCUCAAAUAAUAUAUUAAUUUGAUUUACACAGCCUCAAACAACAACUUUGAUUUAUUUGUUGUCGAGAUGUCGUGUUUGAAGAUCGUUAGCGUAGUAUUAUCAGUUAUAGUUAGUGGCAGUUUGUCCUCAGGGGAACUGUCAUGUGGUCCCAACGAGGUAGUUGACGAUUGCCCUUCAGACUGCGCCUAUAACUAUUGUCCCAAGGACCAGUACCAUGACAGAACACCAUGCCCCAAAUCCAAAAUCUGCCCACCACCAGCUUGCAAGUGUGGCUUCAACUAUCGCAGAGCUGAUAACGGCACGUGUAUACCAACAAGAGAAUGUCCCCCAUUCGAAUGUUCCGGCAUAAACGAAGAAUUCAACCCGUGUCCGUCUUACUGUCCUUCUGAUAACUGUCGUGACGCAUCUCUCAGUGGCGAAUGCCCCUACUUUUUGCUAAUAGUUGUGGCGUGCAGCCCUACAUGCCGUUGCAUUAAACAUCACUGGAGGAAUGAUGGAAUUUGCGUGCCAUAUAAAGAAUGCCCCGACUCUUAGGAAAGGUUCCAACUUGAAUUGCUGUCGCUGCAAACUAAAAAAUAGGAUUCCAAAUAUUAAUUAAAUAAAUCAAAAUAUACAAUUACUACAAGUAUACAUUAUAGACAUGUACUCAUCCACUUUACUCAUAAAUAUUAUCUAGAUUAAAAACAAUGUUAUCAAUAGUUUUGUUAUAAUUUGUGUAUGUAAUUAUGUGUGAUUAUACUUUUUAGUAUCUAUA